AUGCCCCUUGCAGGGACUCCUGCUCCUGUUAAAAGGAAAAAGUCCACUAAACUCAUUGGGAAGCUGACACAUGAAGCUAUGCCACAAGAGACGUCCAAGCUGAACCUGGGGAAGAAGAUCAGCAUCCCCAGAGAUGUGAUGCUAGAAGAGCUUUCUCUCCUCACUAACAAAGGAUCCAAGAUGUUCAAAUUACGUCAGCUGAGAGUGGAGAAGUUCAUUUAUGAGAAUAACCCUGAUGCCUUCGCUGACAAUUCUGUGGAUCACUUUCAGAAGUUCAUCCCACCAGGAGGGCAUUAUGGGGAAGAUGCUCAGGGCUAUGCCCAGGGGCGGAUGGUAGGAGGAGUGCCGGCUGGGCAGCACGGCUACGGCUCGGGCUCGGGCUCGGGCUCGCAGCAGCAUCCCGGGGUCCCUCCUAGGCCGGGCAGCAGAGGAGGCGCUAGAGACGGUGAAGGGGAGCACGCAGGGAAAUCAUCUGGAAGUGCUGGAGAAGGAGGUGAUGGUACUGACAAAGAUGGAAAGUCAGGAGGCAAAAAAGUUACUAUAUUUAAAACUUAUAUUUCCCCUUGGGAACGAGCAAUGGGUAUCAGUCCUGAGGACAAAAGUCAGUUCUGCACGGACUUACUGUCAUACAGCCCCAAACCUGAUUUUCCCCAUUACAAGUCUUUUAACCGGACUGCCAUGCCUUAUGGGGGUUAUGAAAAAGCAGCCAAACGGAUGACCUUCAAAGUGCCUCAGUUUGACAUCUGCCCUUUGCUCCCUGAAUCUCUCAUGAUAUAUAAUCAAAAUUUCAGCAAAAGACCCUCCUUCAACAGAACCCCAAUACCUUGGAUGCCUUCAGGAGACUUCUCAGAGUACCAGACUGCAGUCAACGUGCCAAUAAGUGGUGAAACAGAAGAGCUGUAAAUCCACAAUGCCAAGACCCUCCUUUUUUUCUCAGCCCUUUCUAUUUGCAAGUUGAUAGUAAGGAGCAGAACAGUGCAACUCUAGUUCUGUCAGCUCUUCCUUUCUUUUGCCUGUAGCCAAGAAAAUUCCUUAGCAGGUUAUAAACUUCUCUUCACUGUAUUGCUAAUCUGAAUCAGACACAGUUUGAGGAAAAGGAGC